AUGGUAGCUGAGUGUACGAGUACGAUCGCAGGCAGCUCUGCCGUAGACUCUGACGUCAUCGCCUCCAGGCUAGCGGAGCGGUUGGAUUCGCUGUCCCUAGAUGGGCCUCUGGCCGAUGCGCUGCAGAACGGAGACUUCGACGCGACCUCAGGCGCCGCACGCUGCGAGCUGGAAAUUGAGGUCCGUCUAGGGUCCAUCAAGAACACGUAUGAUGGGCAACGGUUCACGCUGCCGCUUGAGACCGAUGCCUUGCUCAGCGAACGGGCAUCGGUCAGGUUCCAGUCGAGCGUGUCAAGCGGACAGUUUCAGGCUGCGUCCGGGUUCCUGAAGCAAGUCGCCGAGAUCAGCGAUGACCGUCUGGACUGGCAGACGCAGAUGGGAGUGCUGACAUUCGACCGCUUCUUCAAGUUGCCGGAGUACGAGGAGAGCGUGAGAAUCAGUGUACCUCAGAACCAGACAACGGCACGUGCCAAGACUUUCGAAGCCAUACGCAAGGUGAAACUGCUCACGUGGAACGUCUCCACUGGCAGUGCUUCGAGGGAGUCGCAGAUGGGCGACGAUUCGGGCGAAACUGGCGAUCAAGAUCAUCUGGAUUACAGGGUUGCGGUCAACCUCGAGUACCGCGUGCCUGUGCGUGAGCUCCCCAGCACCAGCUCCGCUACUACACGCCGGAAGAAGUCGCGAAAUACGUUCAUACACAGCGAAGGGCACGUCAGGUUUGACCUGACGCAAGUGCAAACGGUCAGCAACGACUCUGGUGCUGGAGACGAUGGUCCAUGCCAGUACGAGGUUGAGGCUGAGCUCCUUGGCUCAGUCGUUCUAGAUGUACUUAAGCGUGAGGCUACACCUCAAUCAGAACGCCUACAGCUGCUCAAGUAUCACUGCUCAACGCUCGUGAAUGCCAUCAAGCACCUCCGAGACGUCAUUAUGAGGGGUGACACGUAUUCCGAUCCCGGGACUGCAAUGGUGGGAGGCAUCAUGUCUACAAAGCUAGGAUUGUGUGAUCUGCGUGUCGUGCAGCAGGGUAACGCAGAAGUGUCCAAGUAUCGCAAGGAAGUAUCACCGCAGUUGCCCCUUAUUGGCGAUUAUCUGUUCCGUGCAGUAACGCCCGCCCUUGAAAGGGGACUUGUCAAAAGACAGAAAGCGUCGCCUUAUCGCGAGCAUCUAGCAGAAAUUCCAGGGCCGUUUGUCAUACUGGAUGGCGGUCCAGAGGAAGGCAAAAGAGUAGUUCUUUCUAGGCGCACCUAG